AUGGAGGAGAGACAAGAUGGAACGGCAGCAGAUGAGGCGUUCGAUUGGCUUCCUAGAAGCGAUGAAGGAAGGGACCCUGCAGGAUAUCUUACCGACGUGCUCGGGCGGGCAGGUGGAGAGCUUACAUACCGUUCCGCUGCGCCCAUGUUUCGGGUGCCCUUAAAGCGCAGAAGCCGAGGAUACUGGGCUCAUUUUAAUGGGCGAACCAUGGCCCUUGCGUUCCUGGCUAUGCUUGCGGCGGUGUUUGUAGUACUGCGCUGCGGCUUUCAACUCGACCGUGCAAGCAACGUAGGGAAGGGGUUAAUUAGGGGUCUUGCCGAAGGUGGGGAGGGGAGUUCUAGUAGUGUCUGCAAAGACAUAUUGCAAGGGAAUCAAGAAGGACACGGCAACGAGGAGGAAGCUAUACCUACAGAAAAAGACUUGCACAACAAGGCGGCUCGUAUCCUUGGUUCAUUUGCGAGGCUUGUACGCGACUACGAACGACUACUGGGUUCGACGUCCAUCCUUCGGGCAAGGAGCGGCGUCAACCUCCUUCUAGCAUUCGUCGUUCAGGAGCUGGCUGCCUUAGCCGUCAUCGUAAACGAAGACUUUUUGCCUGUUGUAAGGCGGACGGCCAAUGAGAUACACUGUGCAGCACAACGUUUAACCCAGAUGGACGGGGCACCACUUGGCAGCCUAAGGUUACAGCGUCGCCAGAACGCCUAUGCGAGACUCCUAAGACUGCUUUCGAACACUCCUACGUUGACUCCCCGUAUUCCUGAAAAUAUGCGUUGUAGGAAAUUAUAUGAACUUCUGGUCUUACAAGAGUCGGGGAUUUUUAAGGCUCGUGUUGCCUUUGACGGUCUUGUGAGUUGCGUUGCCCUCGGUAGGACUUGCAGAGUCUGGGAGGAAUCCUUUACCCUGUUAUUCAGGGUAUACCACCGCCGUAAGCAGCAUAUUUUUGCGGAUAACCACCUUAAUUGGUGGUUAGUUGCACACAAUCCAACAAACAAACACCACGCUCUUGCUUCACCAGCAUUUCUCGAUAACAUGAAGGGUCAAAAAUUGGCACCUUUCAGAACUCUCCAAGCUGAUUUGUUGGGCCUUGAUGGCGUCUCAUCUCGAAACCGAAAAAUACAGGAAAGUCUUGAUUCUACUGGGCAAACUACUCAGGACGAUGAGGAUGACGACAUUGCCAGAGAGUCGACGUCUUCAGAGGCCGAGGGGCAGGAAACAAGCGAUCCACAACAUCACCAACGGCGCCAACUACCUACACACAGUUUGCCGCAGCAGCAGCCACAGCUGCAACAGACGCAGUCGAAUCAGCAACAGACAAACCAGCAGCCGCUGAAACAGCAGCAACAACCGAGUCAACUGAUGCAGCAGGCACAGCAACAACAACUGCAUCAGCAGAUGCAGCAGCAGCAUCAAACGCAGCAGCGCCAGGUGCAGCAGCAGCUACUACAGCAGCUGCAGCGGCCGCUGCAGCAACAGCCCCAGCAGCAAAUGCUGAAGCAAAGGGAGGAUCAGAUGCAGUUACAGCUACAGAAACAACUGCAGCAUCAGGUGCAGCAACAGCCGCAGCAAAGUCUGCAGCAACAGCUGCAGCAGCACCUGCAGCAGCACCUGCAGCAGCCGGCGCAGCGGCAGCUACAGACACAAAAGCAGAACCUCCAGCAGCAGCAGCAGCAGCUGCUUCAGCAACAACGGCGCCAGCAACAACAGCAGCAGCACCAACAGCUGCAACAGCAACAGCUGCAGCAGCAACAGCUGCAGCAGCAACAGCUGCAACAGCAACAGCUGCAACAGCAACAGCUGCAGCAGCAACAGCUUCAACAGCAACAGCAGCAACAGCUGCAGCAGCAACAGCUGCAACAGCAACAGCUGCAGCAGCAACAGCAGCAACAACAGCUGCAGCAGCAGCAACAGCAGCAUCAGCACAUGCAGCAACAGCAACAGCUUUGGCAACAAGCGCAGCCGCAACAACCACAUCCGCAACAGCCGCAGCAGCUACAGCUGCAGCAGCAUCAGCUUUGGCAACAAGCGCAGCCGCAGAAACCACACCCGCAACAGUCGCAGCAACAAUGGCUGCAGCAACAACAGCAGCAGCAGCAACAGCUUCGGCAACACGCGCAGCAGCAACAGCCGCAGCAGCAACAGCGGCAGCAGCAGCAGCUGCUGCUGCUGCAGCAGCAACAGCAGCAGCAGCAACAGCUUUGGCAACAAGCGCAGCCGCAUCAACCACAGCAGCAACAGCUGCAGCAACAACGGCAGCAGCAGCAACAGCUGCAGCAGCAACAGCUGCAGCAGCAACAGCUGCAGCGGCAACAGCAACUGCAGCAACAGCUGCAGCAGCACCAGCAGCAGCAGCAACAGCUGCAGCAGCACGCGCAGUGGCAGCAACCACAGCAGCAACAGCAGCAGCAGCUACGGCAGCAGCAGCAACGGCUGCAGCAGCAACAGCUGCAGCGGCAACAACAACUGCAGCAACAGCUGCAGCAGCCACAGCAGCAGCAGCAACAGCUGCAGCAGCACGCGCAGCGGCAGCAACCACAGCAGCAACAGCAGCAGCAGCAACGGCAGCAGCAGCAACAGCAGCAGCAGCAACAGCAGCAGCAGCAACAGCUGCAGCGGCAACAACAACUGCAGCAACAGCUGCAGCAGCAACAGCAGCAGCAGCAACAGCUGCAGCAGCACGCGCAGCGACAGGAACAACAUCCGCAACAGCUGCAGCAGCAUGCGCAGCCGCAGGAAGCGUACCCGCAACGGCCGCAGCAGCAACAGCUCCAGCAACGGCUGCAGCAGCUACAGCUGCAGGAAAAAGAGCCUUGGCUACGCGUACAGCCACAGCAACCACACCCACAACGGCCGCAGCCGCAACAGGUGCAGCAGCAAAAGCAGCAGCAGCAACGGCUGCAGGAGCAACAGCAGCAAAGGCCUCAAGGUCAACACCUGCAGCAGCAGCAACCACAGCCGCAACUGCCGCAGCCGCUGCCGCGGCAGCAGCUGCUCCAGCAGCAGGGGGGGCAGCAGCAAGAUCUACAACAGAAGCAGGUGCAGCAGCAGCGAGCUAGUGCUAGUGCUGUGAGUACGGUACAAAGUAUAGACCCAAAUAUUUGGCAAAGCCCUGCCGUUGCGCCUGUACUGCCGCCUCCACCGGUGGCGCCUCCCCCAGGGUUUGCCUCUGUUGUGCCAGUCCCUCCCUUUCCUUUGUCUGUGCAUCUUCCUUUGUUGGUACUUCCUCCUGUCAGUUCGUAUACACCGGUAGUGGAGAUACCCACAUAUGAAGUAUACGUGCAACAGGAUUCCUCACGUAAAGGUCCGUCUACCGGCAAUUCAGGUUCAACAGGGGGCAGCUCACAACAGAGCCGUACAGGCCCUCCACCUUCUUCAGGGCCUGCUGCAGGGGGGGCCAGGGCUGCUGCCAACACAGAUCGAGCAAAUUUGGGUAGCUCAGAAGGAACUUCCGCGGGUUCCAACCCCUUUUCACUUCCAGAUAUCGGGGCACAUGCAAGACGGCCCCUCGCAGCUGCAGCACGGAAAGCCGGCAGUGACAAACAGGCCCGUUGA